CCUCACUCACAUCCACAUCGCGCGUACUUUGAGUCGCCACACCGAAAUCUACAAACCGCACACAACAAAUCCAGAGUGGCACCGCUCUGCUCCGAAACAAACUAAACCUCAACAACACGAAAACGACUGUACGAUUUACAACUGCCAGCCUUCAAAAAUAACACCAUGGAGGCUGCCCUUCGUCAAUCCAAGGCCAUGUGCCCCUUCCUGAAGUCGGCCUCGCCCGCCAAACUGCGCGCGCUGUCCACCUCGGCUCGUCCCCACGCCAUCCAGGCGGCGCCCCAGACGACGGCCGUCUCUCCUUGUGGCGGAACCAUGUCCAAGUUGCAGCUCCUCGCCCACCGCUGCCCCGUCAUGGGCAAGGCUUUGACUGUCCAGUCUGCCCAGUACGGCCAUGGACGCCCGGCCAAGAUGGGAAACUCUUCUGUUGCUGGUAUCCGCGCCUUGAGCACCGACUCCAAGCCUGGCCGCGCCAACAUCCACACCAGCCGAAGCAAGGAUGCCCGGGCUGUUGAUGCUCCCUUGCUCAACAAAGCCCAAGCCCCUCCUGGUAUCCCCGCUGCUCGACAGAACUCUGCCUCCAAUGUCGGCAUGGGCAAUUCGGACGCCUCCAAGGCCAAGUUCAACUACGAGGCCUACUACAACGCCGAGCUGGAGAAGAAGCAUAAGGACAAGUCCUACCGCUACUUCAACAAUAUCAACCGUCUCGCCAAGGAAUUCCCCCGUGCUCAUAUGGCUGGAAAGGAGGAGAAGGUGACCGUCUGGUGCGCCAACGACUACCUCGGAAUGGGCCGCAAUUCCAACGUCCUCAAGUCGAUGCACGAAACCCUGGACGAGUACGGCGCCGGCGCUGGUGGCACGAGAAAUAUCUCUGGACACAACAAGCACGCGGUCGAGUUGGAGGGCACGAUUGCCAAACUGCAUGCCAAGGAGGCCGCUCUCGUCUUCAGCUCAUGCUAUGUGGCGAACGACGCUACUUUGGCGACUCUGGGUAGCAAGAUGCCCGAGUGUGUCAUUCUGUCGGAUAGUCUGAACCAUGCGUCCAUGAUUCAGGGUAUCCGUCAUUCUGGAACCAAGAAGAUUGUCUUCAAGCACAACGAUGUUGCAGAUCUCGAGGCCAAGUUGGCGUCGCUGCCGCUUCAUGUUCCCAAGCUGAUUGCGUUCGAGUCCGUUUACAGCAUGUGUGGAUCGAUUGGACCCAUUGAGGAGAUUUGCGACUUGGCUGAGAAGUACGGCGCCAUCACGUUCCUCGACGAGGUUCAUGCUGUCGGCAUGUACGGCCCGCACGGCGCUGGUGUCGCAGAGCACUUGGACUUUGAAGCGCAUCAGCAGGGCCGCCCCAAGGGCAGCAUCAUGGAUCGCAUCGACAUCAUCACUGGUACCCUCGGAAAGGCAUACGGAUGUGUUGGUGGCUACAUUGCGGGCAGCUCCAAGCUCGUCGACAUGAUCCGCUCCCUCGCCCCUGGAUUCAUCUUCACCACGUCACUCCCACCCGCGACCAUGGCCGGCGCAAAGACGGCCAUUGAGUACCAGAUGGAGUACGACGGCGACCGUCGCCUUCAGCAGCUCCACACCCGCGCUGUCAAGGAGGCUCUGAACGACCGCGACAUUCCCGUCAUCCCCAACCCCUCCCACAUCAUCCCCAUCCUGGUUGGCAAUGCCGAGCUCGCUAAGCAGGCGUCGGACAUGUUGCUCCAGGACUACCAGAUCUACGUGCAGUCCAUUAACUACCCCACGGUCCCCGUCGGGCAGGAGAGACUGCGCGUCACGCCCACCCCCGGGCACAAGAAGGAAUACCGCGACCAGCUGGUCCAGGCGCUCGACGAGAUCUGGACCAAGCUCGGCAUCAAGCGCACCUCGGAGUGGGCUGCCGAGGGCGGCUUCAUUGGCGUCGGGGAGGCUGAGGCCGCGCCCGAGGAGCCCCUGUGGACCGACAACCAGCUUGGCAUCGAGCAGGCUGCGAAGGAGAUCAAGGCCGCGGGAAACAUUAGCAACGGCUUCGUUGAAGCCCUGCUGGAGCGUGAGUCCAAGGCGACGACUGGUCAGGCCGUGAGCUCUGCCAUUUGAUUUUUUCACGUUCUACUGGUCUGGGUUCUUUUUGAAUCUAGCUCCAACCAUGUUACGUUGAUAUCUGAAAAGAGGGGAGCUCAUCGGACCUAAACCACGUUCUUUGGAGCGAUCAACAAGUGUUUUGU